CCAAGGGUCGUCUCCACCAUCUCCUUCCCCAAAACCAAACGGAGAUCUCAAUUCUCAGUCCCCGAUGGCGCCACCGCGCCCCUACCCGCACCGCCGCCUCCUCCUCGUCCUGCUCCUGAUCCCCGCCGCCGCCGCGGCCGCCGGCCCGCUCUACACCGCCCACUGCGCCGCCCCGGGCCACGCGCCGGACCUCCUCGACGGCGACGACGGCUCCUCCGCCCCCACCCACGCCCUGCAGCUCCCCACCGGCUACUUCUCCGGCGGCGGGGACCGCCUCUUCGGCCCGGACGCCUCCUUCAUCCCGCGCACCUUCUCCCUCCUCCCCACCUCCGCCCUCCGCACCGCCGACCCCUCCCUCCUCCACGUCGCCGCCACGCUCUCCCUCUCCGGCGGCCGCCGCGGCCCCAACCGCACCCGCGGAGGCCGCUUCCUCUUCCAGUACGACCCCGGCCGCUCCCACAACCGGCCCCGCCUCCCGCGCUUCUCCGGCCGCCGCGGCGCCCUCGCCUUCGACCUCGACGGCUACUACUCCACAGCCACAGGCGAGCUCUGCAUGGUCGGCACGGGCGCGGGCCGCGCCGCCGACGGCGCCCCCGUGGCGCCCCUCCCGGCCGUGCUCCGCCUCCGCUUCCCCGCCCCCGCCGCCAACCUCACCCGCCCCUUCGUCACCGGCCGCCUCGAGACCACCUCCCCCUCCCCCAUCCUCGACCCCGUCGCCCUCCUCGCCUACGCCGAGGACGGCUACGCCUACGCCGAGGCCGCCUCCUGCCCGCAGCCACCAGCCAACGCCCGCCACCCGUUCGACGGGAGGACCUUCUCCUGCGCCAACAUCAAAUCCCUCCUCAAAACCAGCUUCACCCUACACCACAGCAACGGCACCGCCUCCUCCUCGCUUGGCAUUCGCCAGAGGUACAUGUUCGUCAACCGGGUACAGUGCGCCGCCGACGGCGCCGUCCGCGCCUACGUGGUGUUCUCCAACCAGUCGGACUUCUCCAGGUACUACUUCAUGGUCGCCGAGAAGGCGGUCGUGGCCGAGGGGUUCUGGGACCGGAAGGCGAACCGGCUCUGUCUGAAAGGGUGUCACGUCGAGAGUACAGGGCCUUCCCGUGCCGAGGUGUCCGUCGGCGAGUGUGGCAUCGGGAUGAGCUUCUGGUUCCCGGCGGUGUGGUCGAUCCAGGACCGGAGCUUCUCCGCGGGGAUGGUCUGGAACACGAGCUUGAAAACCGUGGAAGCGAUUGUCGGGUACUCGAAUCCGGGUGCUCCGCACUUGAGGGGCAACAGUUUCGCUGGUCUCAGGUACAACUACACCAAGGUUGAUGAGGCAAAGCAGUACUAUUACAAGGACCCUAGCCUCACCAAGAAGAGGAAGGGGAAGUUUCCGGAUAGUAAUGCAUACCUGGACUUGGCGUUUCGUUUCUACUUGAAGCAGGGAGGUGGUUCUGGAUACGCAUCGCCGAUCACAAUUGGGUCGAUGCUGUAUGAUGGGAAUUCUGUAAUGGUUGAUAGUGGCACUUUCUCUCGUCCUUCUGUGGUGGAAAGGAAGCAGGGGCUGCUCAAUGUCAGCUAUGAUAUCCGCUAUGUUGGGAAUUGGUCAAUAGAAACAUUCCAGCGUCAACAUAUCGCAGCGGAAGGUGUUUAUGACACUGAGACAGGCUCCCUGUGCAUGAUCGCGUGUCGUGGGGUUAAUGUCUCGUCAGAUUGUAAGAUUCUGGUCACCGCGCAGUUUGCUAGUCUGGACUCAAAAGUGACACAGCAUGUCCAGGGGAAGGUUAGAAGCUUGAGGGAGAAGACUGAUCCACUUUUCUUUGAGACGCUCGAAAUUGCUUCGUACGGGAUGUACAUUGACCAAGUGGAAGAAUCAAUUUGGAGAAUGGACUUGGAAAGCACCAUGGCCCUGAUCUCGAUGACACUAUCAUGCGUCUUCAUUGUUGUGCAGUUGUUCCAUGUCAAGAAGGUACCUGAAGCGCUCCCAGCCAUGUCAAUCACUAUGCUUGUUGUCCUCGCAUUGGGUUACAUGACGCCACUUGUGCUCAACUUCGAGGCUCUUUUCAAGAACAACAACAAACAGACCGUUCCGUUCUCAAGUGGUGGUUGGCUCGAGAUGAAUGAAGUCAUGGUCCGUAUCAUCACCAUGAUAACAUUUCUGCUGCAGCUGCGCCUCCUUCAGUUGGCAUGGUCGGCACGGUCUGUGGAUGGAAACAAACUUGAGACAUGGGCUGCCGAGAGGAAAGUGCUCUGGAUAUGCUUGCCGCUGUACAUCAUAGGGGGAGUUGUAGCUUUGAUUGUCCACAUGAGACCCAGCCAUAACGGGAGAAUGUUAAGGGGGCGUGUGUCUCGCAUGAGGCCGCCGCCGCACGCCUUCUGGGAGGACCUCGUCUCCUACGGCGGCCUACUGCUCGACGGGUUCUUGCUGCCCCAGGUCAUCCUGAACGUGUUCUCAGCCUCCAAGGUCAGAGCCCUCUCCCCAGGAUUCUACAUCGGAAGCACCCUGAUCCGCGUGCUGCCCCACGUGUACGACGUGUUCAGGGCCCGGCACUUCGUGCCCAGCCUGAGGCCCUCCUUCAUGUAUGCAAGCGCUCACGAUGACCUCUUCAGCCUCGCGUGGGACAUCGUCAUACCUCUCGGAGGGGUGCUGUUGGCUGCGCUCCUGUUCUUUCAGCAGCGGCUUGGGGGCGCCUUCUUUCUCUGUUCGAGGGCCAGGAGGGCGAGAGAGUAUGAAAUGGUCUCUACCACCAGCUCUUAGCAGCUUCUACAGCUUCAUCGCGAGAUUAUGAAUAUAGCGGAGGGUUUUACAUGUAGACUAAGAGAUAGUUCUGUUUCCUGAUGGGUGUUUAUCAGGCAAAACACCCCUUGUUCGCAGUGAAAGUUAAAUGCAUGUAUACCAUAGAAAUCUCCAUGUUUCCUCUUUCCUGGUGGAUGUUUAUCUUGCAAAACGCUUGUUUACAUGCAUGUAAACGAAAGAAGAAGAAAACAGGUCGGGCAAGGUUCGAUUCUUGAUUUCCA